AUGAUACCCUCCUCGACCCAAAGGCGUACAUCUGCCCUCCUGCGGGCUCAGGCGGAUGGAAAAGCCCAGAUCCAUGGCGUGUUUGGCGGCCAAGGAAACAAUAAGAAUUAUUUCGAAGAGAUUAGGACCAUUUUCUCCACUCACGAAUCAGCCAUCCGCGACUUGAUCGAGCCUCUUGGUCAUACCCUUCAGGUUCUAUCACAAGAUGCUCGAGUAUCGGAGCAGUAUCCCGAAGGCCUCGACGUCAUGCGGUGGCUGGAAGACCCUGAGACAACUCCAUCGGCUGAUUACCUCAUUGCAGCUCCCCUCAGCUUCCCAUUGAUUGGUCUCCUGCAGCUGGCCCAUCUGAAGGCGAUCUGCAUAGACCUUGAUGCCAGCCCAAAGGAUUUCCCGGCAGUGUUUGAGGCCCUUGCUGGCCACUCGCAGGGUGUCGUGGUGGCGGCGGCUGUAUCCACAGCAUCAAGCUGGCCAGAAUACUUUACCGCCGCCAUCAAGGCGGUGACGGUCCUCUUCUGGAUUGGAGCACGAUCACAACAGGCCUUUAGCCAAGACUCCUUGCCAGAGGACAAGGCAGCACAACUGGAGGCGGAUGGUCACGGGAAUCCGACGCCCAUGCUGUCCGUCUCGAACAUCACUCAACAGUACCUAGAGGCGAGCCUCAAGAGACUGAAUCAGUCGAUACCAGAUUCCAACCAUGCUUACAUCAGCCUGAUUAACUCGGUAUCAAACUUCGUCGUCAGCGGUCCGGUCCGGACGCUUGCUGCAUUGAUCCAGUUCAUGCGGGCAGGAGCCGCCAAGGAAGGCCAGUCGCAAGCCCGUAUCCCCUUCUCGCAGCGGAAGCCGUCGCCAAAUUUCCGCUUCCUUCCGAUUACCAUUCCCUGUCAUUGCCAGCUUCUAGACACUGCGGUACCGCUGAUCGAUUCAGAUCUCAGCGGCAUUACCAUCAAGUCUGUGGACCUUAAGGUCCCGGUCAACAAGAUGCUUGAUGAUAGUUCACUCGCAUCGUCGGGCCUUUCCAUGACCAAAGGAAAUGACAACUUGGUACCAGUUCUUACUCGGCUGAUCACAUCGCAGACUGUAAACUGGGCCGGCAUUAAUCUCCAGGGAGCUACGCAUAUCAUCGACUUUGGGCCAGGUGCCUCAGCCGGUGUGGGGGCCCUGACACACCGCAAUGUCAUCGGCUCCGGGGCCCGGGUCAUUGUAGCCGGUAAGACGGAGAAGAGUCAAGGGUCUGAGCUUGGGUCGCUCCAUGAGCUUCUCACCCAGCACGAUGAAGAGCUUGUAUGGACUUCCAAGUGGUCCGAAAAUCACCGAGUAUCUCUGGUUGAGACAUCUUCUGGCAAGAUGGUGGCUUCCAAGCUCAGCCGGCUCUUGGGACUCCCGCCUUUCUUCGUUGCUGGUAUGACCCCGACCACCAUCCACCCCGAAUUUGUGGCCGCAGUCAUGCACGCAGGCUACCACGUCGAGUUUGCCGCUGGCGGCUACCACAACGCUGAAUCCCUCAGAAAGGCCUUGUACAAACUGCGUGACUUGAUGCCCGCUGGACGCGGCAUCACCAUCAAUGUGAUUUACGUCAGUCCCAAGGCCAUUGCCUGGCAAAUUCCCUUUAUCCGCCAACUCCGCGCCGAGGGCUUUCCCCUGACCGGUAUGACUGUCGGCGGCGGUGUUCCGUCCCCAGAUGUGGCCACCGAGUACAUUACGACGCUAGGACUGGAGCACAUCUCCUUCAAGCCUGGCUCCACUGCUUCGAUCCGUCAGGUGGUCGAAAUCGCAAAGCGCAACCCAACUUUCCCUGUCUUGCUGCAGUGGACUGGAGGACGUGGCGGAGGACACCACAGUGCCGAAGACUUUCACGUCCCCAUCCUCGAAACGUAUGCGGAGAUCAGAGCGUGCAGCAACAUUUCUCUUGUUGCGGGUUCCGGGUUCGGCUGCGCAGAGGAUGUUGUUCCGUAUAUGACUGGCAAGUGGAGCUUGGCUUACGGCAGGAAGGCCUCAAUGCCAUUUGACGGUGCCAUGUUUGGUAGCAGAGUCAUGACUUGCGCCGAGGCCAAGACUUCUCCCGGAGCAAAGGCGGCAAUUGUUGCUGCUGCUGGAGUGGAGGACAAGGAAUGGGAGGGUACUUACAAGGGAGCAACCGGUGGUAUCAUCUCCGUUGUCAGCGAGAUGGGCGAGCCGAUCCACGUUGUUGCGACCCGGGGCGCUCUUUUCUGGAAUGAGAUGGACAAGACUGUCUUCUCCCUGGACAAGAAAAAGCGAGUUCCCGUAUUGACUGCCAAGAAGGACCACAUCAUUGCCAAGCUCAAUGCCGACUUUCAACGCCCCUGGUUUGGACGCAAAGCUGAUGGCACAGUUUGCGAUAUUGCGCAGAUGACAUACGCCGAAGUCGCUCAGCGGCUUAUCAACCUCAUGACGGUGGGUGGCCACCGCUGGAUUGAUGGGAGCUACAUGCGCUUCGUUGCCGAUAUCCUGGUCCGUAUGGAAGAGCGAUUCUCCACAGUCGACGCAGACGCCUCACUCAUUCCCGAUGCCGAACUUCGAGUGAGCCCUGUGGCUACGACCAAUGCAAUCAUCAAGUCCCUACCUGCUGCUUCAAACACACUGAUCUCAUCCGAGGAUGUUGACUUUUUCACUCAGUUGUGCAGACGUCCUGGACAGAAGCCGGUUCCCUUCAUUCCAGCUCUGGACGAACACUUUGAGACGUGGUUCAAGAAGGACUCGCUUUGGCAAUCUGAGGACCUCGAGUCUGUCGUCGGCCAGGAUGCCGGUCGCACUUUUAUCCUCCAUGGCCCAGUCGCUACCCGCCAAGUUGGCAAGGUUGAUGAACCUGUAGCUGAUGUCCUCAACGGUAUCAACAAUGGUGUUAUCAAUCACUUGGGUAAUGCAUCAGCUAACACUCCUAUCCCCUUUGAGGAGUCGCUUCAGAGCUCUGCAUCUGAUAACGCGACAAUGCGCCAGGUGGUAGAAGGUUCAAUGGAUACAUCUUUGCUGACUGGUGCUGAUGUUCGCGAACUACUCUGCCAACAGUCUACUUGGGCAUCGGCCCUCUUUAGCUCGCGAUUCGUUGUCCGUGGCCAUGAUUUGAUUGAGAACCCAAUCCGGAAGCUCUUUUCGACUCUGAAAGUGGACUCAAUCGCGGUCAAGGCAAACUCUGUCUCUCUAUUUGCCGAUGACAAGGUUAUUUUGCUGAUCUCCAAGGUUGACAAGCAACUGCAGGUCCUCCCCUUUACGUACAUCACUAGUGAGGAUAAGCCAAUCACCAUGGCUCUCAGAUUCGAGUACCGGCCUGAGACCAGUUAUGCCCCAAUUUGGGAGGUGAUGGAAGAUCGCAACGAGCGUAUCUGCACCAUGUAUCGCCAGCUGUGGCAGGGCGGUGCCGCGUCUGCCAGCAAGUCGCACUCAUCUCAUGAUGCAGCAGUUUUUGAAGAUGGCUUCGUUGUCGAUGAGUCGAGAGUCAAGGCGUUCAACCGUGCAAUCGGGUACUCCAAGGUGCACCGCGAGGAAAAGGUUCCCAUGGACUUUGCCAUUGUCGCAUCUUGGAGCCCCAUCUGCAAAGCCUUGCUACAAGACCCCAUCCAGGGUGACGUUUUGAAUCUGGUGCAUCUGUCGAAUGCUUAUACCGCAAACGGCAACAUAGAACCACUCAAGAUGGGUGAGGAGAUCGCCACCCGCGCUUUCGUGAGUUCCAUCACGAUUGAGGACUCUGGAAAGGUCGUCGAGGUUGCUUGCGAACUACGCCGCGGGUCUCGUGGGCCGCUGGUUUUGACUGUCCAAUCGAGAUUCCUGUUCCGGGGUAGCUACGACGACUUUUCGUCCACCUUCUCUCGCAAGGUCGAGACUCCUUACGAGCUGCAAAUGUCCUCGGAGGCUGACGUGGGUGUGCUCGCCUCAAAGAAAUGGUUCAUCCUGGACGACAACAGCAAGCUGGACUACAUGAACCUUACCGACCUGACCUUGGAGUUUCACUUGCAGACAUUCACCAGGUGGGAAACCAAGUCCACGUACAAGAGCGUUGAUACCUCUGGCAAGGUCUUUGUGAGGUCCGAGGCUGGCGAGUUGACACGCGUUGGGUUUGUCAAGCACCAUGCAGGGGAGUCUCGCAACAACGCUGUGAUUUCGUACUUGUCCCGCCGUGGCCGAGUUGUUGAUGCUCAGCAGAAGCACAAACUCAGCGGAGCGGCACCCGAAGCUCCUGCUCAUGUCAGCGAGAUUCGCAUUCCAGCUUCGAAUGAGGCUUACUCUAGGGCCUCUGGAGACUUCAAUCCCAUCCACACAUCGCCACUAUUUGCCCAGCUCGUCGACCUGCCAGGUACAAUCACUCACGGUAUGUAUUGUUCCGCUGCUGUGCGCCAGGAAGUUGAGAAGUAUACUGCUGGUGGAAACCCCCGUCGCAUCAGAAGUUACGAUGUGUCGUUCGUGGGCAUGGUCCUUCCCAACGAUACAUUGGAGGUCAGUCUCCGCCACUCUGGCAUGCAAAACGGUCUGAAGUCCUACGACAUUACUGUCAGCAAGCAGCAGAGCGGCGAGAAGGUCUUGACUGGAACGACUCUGAUUGCUCAGCCAUCGACCACUGUCGUCUUCACUGGACAGGGAUCACAAGAAAAGGGAAUGGGCAUGGACCUAUACGCUUCGUCCCCCGUUGCCAAGGCCAUCUGGGAUAAGGCAGACGCCUACUUCAUUGCCCAAUUCGGCCUCAGUAUACUCGACAUUGUACGUAACAAUCCCAAGGAGAUCAAGGUGCAUUUUGGUGGCGUCAAGGGUCGGAUGCUCCGACAAAACUAUCUUUCCAUGUACUACGAGACGCCAGCCGCCACAAAGCACGGCAAGCCCGAGAGGCGGCCCAUCUUCCCCAGCAUCACUGAGCACUCUGCUUCGUUCAUACACUCGUCGCCCAAGGGCCUGCUGUUUGCUACGCAAUUUGCGCAGCCCGCACUCACCAUCAUGGAGAUGGCAGCCUUCAAGGAUAUGCAGUCGAGCGGUGUCGUUGAUAGUGACUGCCAGUUCGCUGGUCAUUCACUGGGAGAGUACUCCGCUCUUGCGUCUAUUGUCGACUUCAUGCCCUUUGAGAACCUUCUUCAUGUUGUCUUCUGUCGUGGUAUGACCAUGCAAGGAGCUGUAGAACGUGACAGCAAGGGUCGUAGUGCAUUUUCCAUGGUGGCUGUGGACCCGAGCCGAGUGAGAAGAGAAUUGACUGACUCGGCCCUCCGCGAGCUGAUCGUCAACAUCCAAUCCAAGACCGGCCUGUUUGUCGAAAUUGUAAACUUAAACAUCCGCAACGGUCAGUACGUCUGUGCCGGCGAGCUGCGGGCCCUGGACCUGCUGCAAAAGGUCUGCGACGACAUCAAGGCACUUCCAUCCUUUUCGCAGCCCACGGAGCAGUCGCUGGCCGUGAUUGCGCGCCGGGCGCCCGCCUACGACAGCAUUGUCCCGCAAGACGUGGUCCUCGAGCGCGGGGCCGCCACGGUGCCUCUGGCGGGCGUCGACGUGCCCUUUCACAGCUCGUUCCUGCGCCCGCGCAUGGAGGCGUUCCGGCGCGUGCUCCUCGACAGCCUCGACGCGGCGCGCCUGCGUCCCGAGCGCCUCGUCGGCAAGUACGUGCCCAACGUUACCGGCACCCCCUUUGCCAUUGAUCGGGACUACUUUGAGAGCGUGCUCGAGAUUACAAAGUCGGAACGGGUCCGGGCUGUCCUCGAUAACUGGGACGAUUGGAUGGCGAGGGCGCAAAACCAGAGGGUCGCUGUCGCCUAA